GGCUCCUCUUUUCUGUCCUACGUUGCUUUAAGCUGUUUAUUUAUUUCUUUUUUGUCCAGAAGUUUCUCUAAACCUUUGCUCACCUUUGUUGCCACUUUUUUGAAGCUUCCCCUCUUUAGCUGCCUCCUUUUAGAGAUGGAGAACCAGACCUGUGAGCAGCACCAAUCAUACACACGGUCCUUCAGAAGCUCACAUCUGAAGAGCUCUUUUGAUUCCCUGAGUGUGGGUCCCCAGGUGCUUUCAUGCAAAGGCUGAAACCCAGAACUAUAUCCAAAGAUCCUCAGGAGAAGAGCAUAGGGGGAAGACAGGGCUUGAGGUGCUUGUAACCACCAACCUUACCAAUGAGAGCUGCCAAGGUGUCCUAUGUCAUCUGGAAUUUCCAGUUUUGCCUUUGGCUUCACCUGCAUGUGUUUCCCUAGCUCCAUUUUCUCUGCUAUUCAUGAAAGUGAGGAGAAAAAAAAUAUUUCCUAAUACUCUUUUCCUAUUUGAUUCUUCAAGUUUCAUUAGCUACUACAGUAGAAACGAAAAAUCAAAAUGGUACAAUGCUUUGCUUGCCUGCUCUGCAGUGGACUGUCCCAGAGUUUGCACAGUGCAGGACGAGACCUUGUUGCAAGGCUGAGCUGGUUGCCCCUCUGUUCCCCAACAGAUCUUCGAUGCGGUGCUUCGCUCUCAGACUCCAACAAAGCAUUAAAGAUUGACCUCAAUUCAAAUGCAAACUGUGUCUGGCACAUUCAGAGGAGUGAUAAUCAAACAAUUAGGCUCAUCUUCUCGUAUUUUAAAUUCAAUCCUUCCUCAAGCUGUGAAACAGAAAAUAUUGAAGUCUAUGAUGGUCCCUCACCUAAUUCACCUCUUCUUGGACAAGUAUGUAACAACACUGACGCCGUCCCAGUGUUCCAGUCAUCUUCAAACAGUCUGACUUUUCUCAUUACAACAAACUCUGUGGAUUUCACACGAAACUUCUUUGUCUUCUAUUACUUCUUCUCACCAGAAACAGCAAUUGAAAACUGUGGGGGAAACUUGACUGGUCCCAGUGGGACAUUUACCAGCCCCAACUACCCAGCAGCUUACCCUGAAUUUACCUAUUGUGUCUGGCACAUACAGACUACAGAAAACUCGAAGAUAAGCUUAGAAUUUCAGGAUUUGUUCCUGGAACUAGAUCAGCACUGCCAGUUUGAUUUUCUGGCAGUCUACGACGGCCUCACCACUAACACUGGCCUCAUUGGAAAAGUAUGCGGUGUUUCUCGGCCCAGGUUUGAAUCUUCUUCAAAUGUCAUGACAGUCGUGCUCUCUACAGACUAUGCCAACUCCUACAGAGGGUUUUCUGCUCAAUAUACCAGCAUUCUGCCAAGUCUCCCAGAGCCUGACACAUCCCUUACAUGCUCUUCAGACAGAAUGACAAUUGUUCUGAGCAAGGCUUACCUGGACUCCCUUGGCUAUAAUGAAACUCACCUGCAGCUCAAUGACCCAUCCUGCAGGCCAGUUACAACAGACCAAGUGAUCUUUUCCUUUCCUUUAAGCAGCUGUGAAACAACUAAGGAGGAGGAAGAUCAGAGCAUCACUUACACCAACAUCAUAACUCUCUCUGAAAGUGGCAACACCAUCACCCGCAAAAAGACAGUCCAGAUCGUUGCAAAAUGCAUAAUGGAAAAGAAUUCAACCCUAGAAGUCAUUUAUGUAACAGAAAACAAUGUAAUCCAGAACACAACCUCUGUGGGAAUAUACAACGUUAGCAUGUCAUUCUAUGAUUCUGAUUCAUUCUCCAGCCCUGUACUUGAGUCCCCCUAUUAUGUAGACUUGAACCAAACUCUUUUUGUUCAAGUCAGCCUUCAUUCCACUGACCCAGACCUUUUGGUGUUCAUUGAUACCUGCACAGCAUCUCCACAGUCUGAUUUUGGAUCAAUAACAUAUGACUUGAUUAGAAGUGGCUGUAACAAAGAUGACACUGUGGUAACAUAUCCACCCCUGGAGCACUAUGGAAGAUUCAGAUUUAAUGCCUUCAGGUUCCUGAGGAGAGCUCCAUCAGUUUAUCUCCAGUGUGAUGUUUUAAUUUGUGACAGCAACAGCGUGAACUCUCGCUGUACCGAAGGCUGUGUCUCCAGGCACAAGAGGGAUACUUCUUCAUUCACUUGGAAAACCAAGGCUGUAGUAGGUCCUAUCCGCCUGAAACGAGACCGCAGGGCUGCUGAGCAUCUAGAAUCCCUCACUAGGACAGAUGCUGAAGAAACCCCAAACCUACAAGACAGCUUCCACGCUCUUUUAUUUGUGGUUUUGAUUUCAAACGUUAUCACUGUGGUGGCUGUGGCACUAAAAUGUCACAAUAAAUGCCUAUCGAGAUAUAGCUACCAAAAAAUCCAAAGUUGAUAUUAUCUGCUCUACAACGUUGUGAAUUGGUAACAAAUUUCUAUUCAGAUUUAUCACUCAAAGAGGGGAGAAUGGGAAAAAUGAAGCAAAUUAACAGUCCUGCAAUGCAACAACGCUUGGAAACACGCUUCAAUCUUUUUAAUUAUUUGAAAAAAGAAUAUAGAUGAAAAACAGACUCCUCAACCUGAGGAGUCCUAGGGCUGCAUCUUAAAUCAGCAUCAU